AUGGUUGAGUCACGAGGUGGUGAUGGUAGUUCGGGAACUAGGCGUCGUAUAUGUGCCAAUGGUGCAAAGCGAGCCAUGGCGAGAGUAACACAAGAGGUAUUGAUUACAGUGCCAUGUGGGGAUUGCAAGUUCUUGAAGAGGAAGUGUACUAGAGAAUGCAUCUUUGCACUUUAUUUUGGUACAGACCAAGGUGUAGGAAGCUUUGCGGCUGUGCACAAGGUGUUUGGUGCUAGCGAUGUGUCGAAGCUCUUGUCCAAUAUUUCAUCUAACCACUGCCACAAAGCAGUGGCGACUAUAUCCUAUGAGGCUCAGACUAGGCUAUCUGAUCCGGUUUAUGGUUGUGUGUCCACCAUUCUGAUUUUUUUGAUAAGCGAGCAACAAUCUCCUUAA